GCUAUCCAUCAAUCACCAACGGCUAGGCUCGUCCUGACAAACUCUGUCUUCCUCCUUUCUUCCAAGGUCUAUCGAGGGCAGCUUGCAUACGCAUUGGUUUGCAUUUUGAGGCGUCGGACAGAACCGCAUUUACACUUUAUCAGCUUGAAUCUUAAACGAGAUGUCCGAUGACCAACGGUGAGUUAGCAGUACAAUGCCCGGAUAAUUUAUUGAAGAGUUAGUGACUGAUUGGCCACCGCUUUGGUUAAAGCCCUCAGAAUGUCGAAAUCUUCAGUAGGAAUGUCAACAGCAUGAAUUUCGUUAACUCCGGGGAUGCGGCCGACGCUUUCUUGCGUUCUAGGAUGGGUGAUUCAAUCUUCCCCGAUAUGAAGAAAGGUGCGCCGUUCAACCUGGGCUUCCUGCUGAUUAUCUGGUUCAAACUGUGUAUUGACCUACCCACAGGCCGUUCCGAUGCCGCAGAAACUCCCGGUACCGGGCAGAGCCAACCGACCCAGCACCAUGCCCAAACUCAGCGGAAGGCUCCGAACCCGGCCCAGAGCGGUAGAUUGGGUGCGGACAAUGUUGUUGGCAAUUCCCCUCUCUUCGCCGAGGGGGCUAUAUACGGAGGUGGGUGACCUUGACUCCUGAGCGAUGGUGAGGAUAUCUCAUCCCGGAUGAACAGAACCUAGGGAUAAAACCCCUGAUCCCACUCCCGAAGCAUCGGAGGUCUAUAGCGCCCCUGUUCGGGAACCACCGGCUUGGAGGUUGAACUACGAGAUCGGUAGAGGCUCCUUCGGAACUGUCUUCUUGGAGAAGGUCCAAACGCGCGGAAUGCCGUCCCCUGAGCUAUGGGCCGUGAAGAAGAUAUCGAAGGCCAUACCAGACUUCCCUGCCAAGCGGUAUCAAGCUGAGGUCAAGAAUUUACAAGAAUUAUCGAGAUCAAAUGUGAGUUUUGUCCGAACUUGCGUCCUUUGUUCGUUGGCCUCGUCCGGUUUACGGGAGCUUUGGUCUGACCUAUUGAUAGUCCGAAUGGUUUGUGAAAUUCAACACCUCUUAUGAGGACACUCAUUACGUGUAUAUUGCUAUGGAAUACAUCCCUAUAGGGGAUAUUUCAAGGACCUUUGUGAAGGGCUAUCGAUGGAAAGAAAGUGAUACGAAGGUAGUGAUGGAGCAGCUGCUCCGCGGGUUGGUAGUGAUGCAUAAAGAAGGGAUCACUCAUCGUGAUCUGAAGCCCGAGGUCUGUACUCUUCCUCGUCUAAAACACCGCCGACAAGGCCUAAUAGUCACUAGAACAUAUUCCUCUGCAUCCAAGACCACAUGCCCCGUGUGCUCCGUGUGAAAAUCGGCGACUUUGGCACAUCAAAGCGUAUCCCGGUCACUAACACCUCUACUUACUUAAAGACUACUACGGGCACGGAAGGCUACAUGGCGCCCGAAAUGGACGGCACAGACCAAGCGGAGGAACCCAAGACCAACCGCGUAGACAUCUGGUCCCUCGGGUGUAUCUUGUUCCGGAUGGUCGCCGGCAAGCCCCUAUUCGUGAGCCGGAGAGAUGUGUGGAAGUACUCCAUGAGCGCAGCCUCCCCUCCCCCUGCAGUCGAAAGGAUAGGUUUCAGCGUCCCCUGCGCGGACUUCCUCCACCGCGUCCUGCAACCGAGUGACAAGGAUCGACCGAGCGCCGAGGAAUGCCUGGGGAUGGCCUGGAUCACAAGCCAAGCUCCUGGUUCCGAGUACUCUAUUUCACAGGAUCUCUACACGAGACUGUCUAAGCUCAAGCUUGAAGCACCCGACGUGUAUUCACUCCCGGAAGCGAUUGCCAAUUCAGCGGGGAGUAAAACUCUGGGGAGGAGUUCGUCGACUGCGGCGACCCCAAUGACGGAUCCAACGUCGAGCGGAAUGAGGCCCGCUAAGACUUUUGGCCCCACAAGAGCUGCGGGCUCUCCUUUCAACUAAACAUUUGGACAUUUGGAAUAACGGGGAGGAUGCGCAAAGGGUGGAUUUUUCUUUUUUUUCUUCCACUUUGCACUUCCAUUUCCAUUUUCUGAAGGGCGUCUGUCUUGAAGGAACGAUGCCAAUUAUGGUAGCUUUUUCUAUAUCUCUUCCUUUUUUUCAUUUUUUUCAACUCAUCGUGGGUUUGGAUUUCUUUUCUCCUCAACGGCAAGGAUAGGGAUGAAGUAUAAUUUCCUUUAUAUCACUCUCACACUAAAGUUGCGAUCAGCGGCUUCGUAUACAUGUAUAUUUUAAAAAAACAGUUAUAUUUAGCUGCCUUGGCUUCGCAACCUCCGGACUAAUUCCUGUCAUUAUUUCCUCUUUCUCGGUGUUGGGCAGCCCGAAUUACCUUACCGGUGGAACCUCAAGUAUCUGAGCAGUGCGCUGUGCAUGGACAAAUUUAUAUGCAAAGCCAAGGGUAAUGUCGGCGGAGGGUGUUACCCUGAAUGGCUCUCGAAAAAAUCACAAACAUGAAUGCAUGUUUUGUACGCUUCAAAAGUUAAAUUGUAUUCACGAAUGGUGGUAGUUUAUCCAGGGUUUUGGAGGAUAAAAUUCUGUAUGCCAGAGA